AUGGCCGUCAUGGAGACCACCGUGGCACACCCCUUGAAGGCGAAGGCGGGCUCUCACAACCGCCAGGUGGACUUUCUGUUCACCUGCGGCAAGGGUGGCAAGGAGGAUGUGGGUAUCUACAUCGAUGGAGGUGUCGCCGUUCAGGCGUUCCGCCACCAUUUCGAUGGCGAUGAAAAGGCUUUGUCGACCCUCGUCGAGGAGGGCAUGGCAGGCUUUCUGGCUGCCGCCAGCCGCGCGUUUGAGGCGGCGGUAGUACGGGGCAUCAGUUUCCGCCAAGCUGCAGAUGAGGCAGCCCGGGCGGCUUUGGAGGCAAAGGACCAUGCAAAGCCUGUGCCAGCUGCGCAGCGGUGGUGGCAGUGGUGGCCGUUUCAUCAGGAGCUUCCGGCAGUCACAGUGAAGGAGUGGCGCGCUGAUGAGGUUGGACUCCAGCUUCUGGUGAGCGCGGAGGUCCAUUGUCCGUGCAAAGACGCGCAACCGCCUUUUGAAUGCGAGAAAAGGCUGGGCUGCGAUAUCACUGGCACUGCAGAGUCGUACACGAUAAGAGAACCUUAUGCUGAUGCGAAUGACAAGGGACCGGGAAUCCGUGCCCACAUGAUCCUCAUUGUCCUCUUGAACUGUGACGUGCUUGCAGCUGACAGGCCCAGCGCCUCUUCUGAGAAGAAGGAGACUUGGGGCGAGUACCUGGCCAAGUUGUUCACUGGACAGAAGCCACCAGAUGAGGAGGACAGUCCAGGAGUGGUGCACCUCGUACCGCCGCCUGGCCUCACAAAGGCCGAGCGCUCGUCAUGCCCAGCAGCGGCAGCCUCGGCACCCCGACGGUGA